UUGUUGUUAGCAUUAAAGAAUGUCUAACGAAAACAAUGAAUUUAAUGCGGAUGAAUUGGAGGCACCCGUGUGGCUGGUUUCACAAUUUUUAAAAAAAGUAUUGACAAAUAACUUAAAAGAUGAUCAGCUGGAAGUGUUGUACUAUAAAAUGUCUCCGGCCACUGUCAAGGGUGAUCAUUAUGCCAGUGUUAUGUUUAGAGUCUCUGUGGAAUAUAUAAUCCAAGCGGGCAAGAAGGCCGCCAAAUCAUUAAUAAUUAAGACAAUGCCCGAAUUGGAGGGCUUUAAGAAGGAACAACUGGGCGAAUCACAUAUCUUCCAAACAGAGAUUGGCAUGUAUACCGAAAUACGGCCGAAGUUUGAGGCCAUACUGCGAGAGGCAUCCGAUGAUAUAUCGAUUUAUGCGCCUUGCCUAUACUGCAGCUUGGAGCCGCGUCAGAAAAUAAAAUAUGUGGGCGAAUUGUCUAAUUUGGCCGAGUUUCACCGGCAGCUGUUUCGGCAAAGAUACUUCGAGGAAAGCAAAAGUCCGAGGAUAUGGUGGAAAUGCGUUAUAAAGACGACUGAAGACAGAGCUUUUAUCGUAUCGAGGGCUAUGUGGAAGAAGUUCGAAAGCUUUUAAAAAGUUUUGAGCAGCAAGGUUAUUUGAAUAGAAUUGGA